UAUUCGUGUAGUGGAUGGUGGAAAAGAAGAAAAAGAAGUUUCUUCACUCGUUCCGCUCGUCGAACUUAUCGCCGUUUAUUUUCAUAUAUUUCCAUUAUUAAUAAUAAAAUAUUCCGAUUAGCAAUCAUUUAAUAUAAUAAACUAAAAACCUCUUUAAAUAAAAUCCAUAGUUCAGUAAUGUUUUAACAUUUCAAAAAGUAAAAAUAAUAAAAAUGGCCGCGGUAAAUGAUUGUUUUACAAUUGGAUCGACAGUGCUCUGUACGACAUGCUUCAACCAAGAAGUCGAAGGCGAAGUCCUAGCAUUCGAUCAUACUACAAAAAUGCUGAUACUAAAAAGCCAUUCUAAAACAUCGGAGAAACUGAACGAUGUAUUCGUUCUCAAUUUAUCGCUAUGCAGCAACGUCCAAGUGAUAAAGGAAUGCAAUGGCAAUUUUGUCGAGGAACCCCAGAAGUUGAAUUUAGAACAACUUAAAAUUCGACUGCGCCAAACAGUGCAAAACCGACAGACGUACAUAAAGUCUAAAAAUUCUGAAGUUAGUCCUGAAGCCCAGGAGCUGUACCGAGUUCUCGCAAAGAACUUCAAGAAUCACGAUGUCACCUGGCAAGGAGUUAACAUACAAAUAUUCAACGAGGUUACAAUUUCACCACCCUAUAGAUCAAAGAAUGUGGUUGGAAACACACAAAACCGUAUCUUAUGCAAUUAUAUUAAAAGAAUGAUCGAUCAGUUCUUCAAGACGCAAGCGUUGCAAGAAAAUAACGCCGUGGGCACUUCUUCUUCUUCACCAUUAUCCGCAACCGCUUCAUCAUCGUCUUCUUCAUCUUCGUCAUCAGCGCCAUCAACUUCAGUAGGAACAUCUUCGAAUAAUGCUGCAACCCCCUCGCCUGUUCCUAACACAUAGAACAAAAGCAAGAAAAUAAAAUAAUUAAAAACCAUACAAACAAAAAAUCAAAAACAUAAAAGGAGAAAAAAUUAUGUUCAACAGAAAAAAAACGCCCGGUUUAUUUUAAUUUAUAGUAAAAAGACAUUUUUCCUUCUUCAAAAGGUGGUCUUCGACUACCCAAGGAAACUUAUUUUUUUUUUCUUUUAUUGUAGACAUUUAUUUGCAAUGCAAUUUCAAAUUUGAAUACGUGUCUACGUUGAAUGUUCAAAAUUUUCUGGUUAAAACAAACAAACAAAAAUUAAGGUCCUCAACAGAACGAAGGCAUGUAGUCAACUAUGUACACUGUUUUUGAAGAAGUAUUUCCUUUUUUUAUACUUUAUUGUUGUAACCUUACUUUCAAAUCAAAAUUCCUCCAUUAGUUUCUUGUUUAAAAUUUAUAGUUAAUUACCGAGUGGGAAUAUCGGUUAGGAAAAAAAAGGAUUCCGAAAUAAAUUAUUUUUUAGCUUUAAGCUGGAAGACUAA